CAGCUUCAGUCUUACGAAGCGCUCGUUUGUGAAAUUACUACAACUCCGCCAUUUCUUGAACCAACUGUACUCAAGUUGCCGCCAUAGUCGCAUGUUGUUGAAGUAAUUUCAUAUUGUGUGCUUGCGACCGAAUCUAUCUGCUGGACGGUGCAAUGGGGCGGGAAAAGCAUUUCACAAUCGCUGAGGUGGCGCGACAUGCUCAGCACGACGAUAUCUAUCUGAUUUAUGAGAACAGCGUUUACGAUGUCACUCGAUUCCUGGACGAGCACCCAGGUGGAGUGGAAGUGAUCAAUGACUACGCUGGAAAAGAUGCGACCGAGGCAUUCGAUGAAGUUGGACAUUCUAAGGAAGCUCAUCAACAACUGGAAGAACUGUUGCUAGGACGUCUGGACCAAGCAUCCGCAGCCACGGCGACAGCUGCUCGAUCCAUCAAAAAGAAGGCGAACAAGGCGGCGUUCAACCCUGCAAUCCUCUAUAGCUUUGCCAUUGCUACUGGUGCGACGGCUAUGGCGGGAUAUUGGUACUUUCAAGUUCGCGUGUAACCGAAACAACACGAAAAGCUCUCAUCGCCAGAAAGAUCAA